CGUAAUACUAAAGUAUACUAUUAGAAUAGAAGAACAGACACGCUUAGAAUUAAGAGUGCUACAAGAUUCCAUUAUUGAUCGAAUUCGAUUUCAGAUCGAAAUCUGCUUGAGCGUCUGCUGAAAUAUACAGUUAAACAUGAGCCAGUCACCUCCAACACCAUCCCCUCAACAAGUUCCAUCUGAAGCUCCCGGUGCAGAAGAGGCUCCUUUCGAGGAACCAAUUUUGGAGGAAAUUGGCCAGUCACCUCCAACACCAUCCCCUCAACAAGUUCCAUCUGAAGCUCCCGGUGCAGAAGAGGCUCCUUUCGAGGAACCAAUUUUGGAGGAAAUUGGAGGCGUGAAUCCACCUGCCCCACUACUUCACGAUGUACCAUCCAGCAGUGGCUUGAUGGAGGGACACGGAGGCGUGAAUCCACCUGAGCCACUACUUAUGCCAAUACCAGCCAACGGAGGCUUGUUUGAGGGAAUCUCUGGAUUCCUACCACCCCUUGACCUCUCCGUUCAUUCUUAUCCACCAUCGCUUCAUCCAGGAUUGGCAGAGCAAGAGAACGGAGGUUCAAGUUACCCGAGUGAGACGACUGUGACGCCACCUGCCACUCAUUCUGAGUCCUCGUCCCCAACCUGAAUCUGAGUACUCAUUCGAAUCAGACUCCGAAUCUGUGCAAUCAGCUCCCAGCUUGG